UGAAGAUUUACUGGGAGGAGAACAGAGGCUUGCCAGAGAAGUGCACUGACAUUGCUGUGCAAAACUAAAAUCUGCAGUCAACCAUAAGCAGCAGCCCCGUCCAGGAGGAGUGUGGGGGAGAAAAGAAGAAAAAGUAGAUGGAAGCACAUGGGGUCUCUCUGGAAGUUAAAACCAAAGAGACAGAAGCGCCCCCAAGGAUUCCAGAUGACUCAGAAAGACAGCAGGAAAAGAAAAUGGCUGCGGCCGAAAAACAGAGGAAUGUAUCCAUCACCAGUGAAGAGGCUGGCCAGGUGAUCCCAGCCGAGCUGCAAAUAGCAAGGGAGAAGAGACAGAAUGAAUGCCACGCAUGCGGGAAAAGUUUUUGUUCCACAUCCCGCCUCAAAGUCCACCAGAGGAUCCACACGGAGAGACGGCCCUAUCAGUGCCAGGAGUGCGGCAAGGGCUUCCGGCAGAGCGGCCACCUGUCCCAGCAUCGAAGGAUGCACACGGGAGAGAGGCGCUACAAAUGUUUGGAGUGUGGGAAAAGUUUUAGCCAGAGCACCUAUUUUAUCUUGCACAGGAUCACCCACACGGGAGAAAAACCGUUCACUUGUCCAGAGUGCGGAAAGAGUUUCAGCCACAGCCGGAAGCUGACUAUACACCGCGCCGUCCACACGGGCAAGAGGCCGUACAAGUGUUUGGAGUGUGGGCAGAGUUUCAGCCAAAGCACCCACCUGACUUCCCACCGGAGGAUCCACACCGGAGAGAAGCCGUAUCGGUGCACCGACUGUGGGAAGUGCUUCAACCAGAGCACUCACUUGUCCCUGCACCGGCGGAUCCACACGGGAGAAAAACCCUACCGCUGUCUCGAAUGCGGGAAGUGUUUCAGCCAGAGCCCGCACUUGACUUUACACCGGAGAAUCCACACCAAGGAGAAGAUCUAUAAGUGCUCCGAGUGUGGGAAGGGCUUCCGUCGGAGCGAUCACCUCAUCUCCCAUCAGAGGAUCCACACCGGGGAGAAACCGUAUCGCUGCUCCGAGUGCGGGAAGAGUUUCAGCCGAAAGUCGAUCCUGCAUAAACAUCAGAGAAUCCACAAAGAUGGAGGAUCGUCCGUCUGAAUUUUUCUCAAUGCUAAACUUGAUGGGCAGAACUUUUGAGGGUUUUGAAUAUUGCUUGACUGCUUGUGGAUCUAGUGCCUAGUUAGCCUUUAGACCAGGGGUCUCCAAACUUGGCAAUUUUAAGACUUAAUAACAAUAAUAACAAAGUUGGAAGAGACCUUGGAGGUCAUCUAGUCCAACCCCCUGCUCAGGCAGGAAA